UGUGAAUGAAGCCCAGAUGAACUCCCGGUGUGAAUGGAGCUCAGAUGAACUCGAAGUGUGAAUGAAGCUCAGAUGAACUCCAGGUGUAAAUGGAGCUUAGAUGAACUACAGGUGUGAUUGAAAAAAGUUUCCGGAAGUGGAGUUUGAGGGAGGAGCGUCAGACUGUCCGCGGUGAGCCGUUCUGCUGAGCCGUUCUGCUGCUGUUCUUCCAGCUGUGUCCUGUGAGUUCAUUUAACCCCCGAGAACCGACAAUUUGGAUCCAAGAUGACUGACUCCAAGUACUUCACGACUACCAAGAAAGGGGAGAUCUUCGAGCUCAAGGCAGAGCUGAACAGCGAUAAGAAGGAGAAGAAGAAGGAGGCCGUGAAGAAGGUGAUCGCGUCCAUGACCGUUGGUAAAGAUGUGAGCGCCCUGUUCCCAGAUGUGGUGAACUGCAUGCAGACAGACAACCUGGAGCUGAAGAAGCUGGUGUACCUCUACCUGAUGAAUUACGCCAAGAGCCAGCCAGACAUGGCCAUCAUGGCCGUCAACACCUUCGUGAAGGACUGCGAGGACCCCAACCCCCUCAUCCGGGCCCUGGCCGUGCGCACCAUGGGCUGCAUCCGCGUGGACAAGAUCACAGAGUACCUGUGUGAGCCGCUGAGGAAGUGUCUGAAGGACGAGGAUCCCUACGUCCGCAAGACGGCUGCCGUGUGCGUGGCCAAGCUGCACGACAUCAAUGCCCAGCUGGUGGAGGACCAGGGCUUCCUGGACACUCUCAAGGACCUCAUCUCCGACUCCAACCCCAUGGUGGUGGCCAACGCUGUGGCGGCGCUCUCGGAGAUCGCAGAGUCCCACCCCAACAGCAACCUGCUGGACCUCAACCCCCAAUCCAUCAACAAGCUGCUGACCGCGCUCAACGAGUGCACGGAGUGGGGCCAGAUCUUCAUCCUGGACUGCCUGGCCAACUACACGCCACGCGACGACCGCGAGUCCCAGAGCAUCUGUGAGCGGGUCACCCCCCGGCUGUCCCACGCCAACUCUGCAGUGGUGCUGUCGGCGGUGAAGGUCCUGAUGAAGUUCAUGGAGAUGCUGCCCAAGGACCUGGACUACUACGGCACGCUGCUGAAGAAGCUGGCCCCGCCGCUGGUCACGCUGCUGUCAGCGGAGCCCGAGCUGCAGUACGUGGCCCUCAGGAACAUCAACCUCAUCGUGCAGAAACGGCCGGAGAUCCUGAAGCACGAGAUGAAGGUGUUCUUCGUCAAGUACAACGACCCCAUCUAUGUCAAGUUGGAGAAGUUGGACAUCAUGAUCCGCCUCGCCUCACAGGCCAACAUCGCCCAGGUGCUGGCAGAGCUGAAGGAGUACGCCACAGAGGUGGAUGUGGACUUUGUACGCAAAGCUGUCCGAGCCAUUGGCCGCUGUGCCAUCAAAGUAGAGCAAUCUGCGGAGCGCUGCGUCAGCACGCUGCUGGACCUCAUCCAGACCAAGGUCAACUACGUAGUGCAGGAGGCCAUCGUCGUCAUCAAGGACAUCUUCCGCAAGUACCCCAACAAGUACGAGAGUGUGAUCGCCACUCUCUGUGAGAACCUGGACUCCCUGGACGAGCCCGAGGCCCGGGCCGCCAUGAUCUGGAUCGUGGGGGAGUACGCUGAGCGCAUCGACAACGCCGACGAGCUGCUGGAGAGCUUCCUGGAGGGCUUCCACGACGAGAGCACGCAGGUUCAGCUGCAGCUCCUGACUGCCAUCGUCAAACUGUUCCUGAAGAAACCCACCGAGACCCAGGAGCUGGUGCAGCAGGUCCUCAGCCUGGCCACGCAGGACUCGGACAACCCGGACCUGAGGGACCGCGGCUACAUCUACUGGCGCCUGCUGUCCACGGACCCCGUGGCCGCCAAGGAAGUGGUGCUUGCGGAGAAGCCCCUCAUCUCGGAGGAGACGGACCUCAUCGAGCCCACCCUGCUGGAGGAGCUCAUCUGCCACAUCGGCACCCUGGCCUCCGUCUACCACAAGCCCCCCAGCGCCUUCGUGGAGGGCAGCCGCGGCGUGCAGCACAAGAGGAUCCCCAUCCGCAGUGGAUCCGGAGAGAGCUCUGAGAGCCAGGACACUGGUGGGGCCCCCGGGGCCACCGAGGCCCCCGCCGCCGUCAUCCCCUCCCAGGGAGACCUGCUGGGAGACCUGCUGAACCUGGACCUGACACCCCCCACCUCCACCGCCGGCGCCCCCCCCGGACCCCCCAUGCCGAUGGGAGGCAUGGAUCUGCUGGGGGGAGGACUGGACAGCCUGAUGGGCGAUGAGUCUGAACCGUAUUCGCCACAAAUGCCCAGGGGGGCGGACACACCUCAGUCCCUGCGGUUCUCGCACUCGAGCCCGUCGUCCCCAGAUUACAGCCCCACCGAGCUGACCCCCGGCCCGGCACUACAGCUCGGCGGAGACAUUGGGGGAAGUCCUGCAAUGGACUCUGGGUUCGGGGCUCCUGCGGCCGUUAUGCCAUCCUCCCUGAACGCCCCGGUGGGGGGUGGUCUGGGGGACCUGUUUGACCUGGGGGGUGGCGUGGGGAUGCCCAUGGGAACCUUCGUCCCUCCGAAGACAUUGUGGCUCCCAGCCAUGAAGGGUAAGGGUCUGGAGAUCAUGGGCACGUUCGCCCGGCGUGCAGGGGUGAUCCAGAUGGAGAUGACCCUCACCAACAAGGCCAUGAGCGUCAUGACGGACUUCGCCAUCCAGUUCAACAGAAACAGCUUCGGUCUGGCUCCUGCCGGCCCCCUCCAGGUCCCCACGCCGCUCAGCCCAAACCAGACCAUCGACGUCAGCCUCCCCCUGAACACCGGGGGACCCGUCAUGAAGAUGGAGCCUCUGAAUAACCUCCAGGUGGCGGUUAAGAACAACAUUGACGUCUUCUACUUCAGCUGCCAGUACCCCAUCAGCAUGCUGUUUGUGGAGGACGGGAAGAUGGACCGCCAGGUGUUCCUGGCCACCUGGAAAGACAUCCCCAACGAGAACGAGGCCCAGUUCCAAAUUAACGACUGCCAUCUCAACUCUGACGCGGCCUCCAACAAGCUGCAGGGCAGCAACGUGUUCACCAUCGCCAAGCGCACGGUGGAGGGCCAGGACAUGCUCUACCAGUCCAUGAAGCUCACCAACGGCAUCUGUGUGCUGACGGAGCUCCGCGUUCAGACCGGUAGCCCCACCUACACGGUGUCUCUGAAGUGCCGGGCGCCCGAGGUGUCCCAGUGUGUGUUCCAGUGCUACGAGGCGGCGCUCAAGAACUGACCACACAACACAACACACACAAACACACACACACACACCCACACCCACACACCCCCCUCUUUACUGCAGAGCCCGCAGUGGAUAGACCACAGGGGUCGGGACCCGAGGUCCGUGAGUGAGAGAAGUGGUUCUGCCCCCCCCACGGACCCCUUCUUUUCAUCUCCCCUUGAUGAGUGCUUUUCACGCUGGGCUGUCCUCCGUUUGAAAAGCUCUCACAUUAUGAAUCAUGUUUUGUUUGUCGCUUCUGUCCCUCUCAUUGUGAUGAGGGACGAGCGUUAAAGCUGAGCUCUCCCUCUGCUUGCAUGAUCCUGUUGCCGCGUCGCAACAAUGAAUCCUCUAUUCAUCGUGUGAACAAUCACCUGCAAGUCAUCUCUGCUGUAAACUCUUUAUUUUGGGUCCAAACCAAAGCAUUUUGUACUGAUCCAUCGACUGCUCUGACAAAAGGCUUCACCGUGUUGAAGGCCGUGGAGAGAGAGGCUUAGAAAACAUGUUGUUCGAUUUGUAAGCGAGUUUGCUUUUAGUUGAGUGUGAUUACUUUGGCUUGUACCCUUUUUUUUUCUUUUUUUUUUUUUCUUCUUGUUAGUCUGUCCAUAUGUUGUUUCCUGCCCGCGGGACACAGCCGCUUUGCUGUGCUUGUGUGUGCCUCUUUCUUUCUCUUAUUUAGUAUAAUAUAAAGUGUGGACAGAAGGCCCUACACACACACACACACACACACACACACACACACACACACACACACACACACACACACACACACACACACA